UGUUUAUGUUGACUGGAGACUCGUAGGCAGAGUUGUGGUGAAGUGACUCUACGAGUAGUCGACCGGCGGACUGAUGUCAGAUUUGAAAUAUGUCAGUGUAGGCAGUUUAGAGAAGGGAGUUCGGUUUAACUCAUGACAGAAGAAAACUGUGGGUCUCAUAUAACGUCAUAGUCAUUUGGAGCCGUAUAAUUUGAAGUGACCAAGGUUUGUUUUUCGCCCGCGCAUCACAUGUAUGAUUUGAAUUUGGUUUCGGUACAUGUAACAGUGUAUAUGCUACUGCCAGUAGUAAACUAACUGUUUAACAAUUUCACUCACCCCCAAAUCUUUGGUGAAGACAUGGACAUACUGCCGAGCGGAGGUAUCUUCAGGGAGCUUCAGGUGGUACAUGAUACCGGCUACUUCUCGUCUCAGCUUUCGUUGGAAGACCGAUGGCAGCAGACUAUCCUGGAGAUGGAGAGGUACCUACGUGAAGAACCCCGACUCCAUACGUGUCAGCGGGUGCAUGACAACCUCAGAAGUCCCUGGGACCUGUUCAACCUUCCCAAAGAACAGAAUACAUCCUUGGACUCCAUGAAGGAAGACAUGGAUGAAAGUCGUCUCUUAUUAAAUGGUAGAGUCGAAAAUGCGAACAGUAUUAGCGAUUCUGACAACAGCAGUGGCGGGGAAGACAGACUAAGUGUCUCUGAUUUGGAUACCGAUUACCACGUUCCGGAUGCCAGUGUUGGUUCAAUUUCAACCUCCCUGUCAUGUGAAGGUCCAAUCAGUGAAGUUGUUCGUGUUCCAAAAUCUCCCAAUGUUUUUCAAAGCGGGGUUCAAAACCUGAAAAGGAAGACUGUUCUAUCACCAGUGUCAUCGCCGGAAAAAGUUGUCCUGAAGAUGAUUAACAAAACCGAAGCCUCAUUUUCUCCUCCGUCCUCGCCAGAUGGCGUGUUUGUGCGACCAGUUGCCCACAGUUUAGGAUUUAAUAAUACUACUACUUUUCAAGUAUCGAUGGGACCGAAAGGAGAUGUUUUUCAGAAUGCAGCACUUCUAAAGUCUACUUUAGGCCCAUUAAUGUCACCAACGUUCCCAGGCAAGCCUGUCGACUCCCCGAGGACCAGAUGUCGACUCGACCUCGGAACUGAUAAGAGAAGAGUGCAUAAAUGCCAAUUUACUGGCUGUCAAAAAGUGUACACAAAAUCAUCUCAUCUUAAAGCUCAUCAGCGAACUCAUACUGGUGAAAAACCUUACAAAUGUUCGUGGGAAGGCUGUGACUGGCGCUUCGCUCGCUCUGACGAACUCACCCGACAUUAUCGGAAACACACAGGUUCGAAACCCUUCAAGUGUUCUCACUGUGAUCGCUGUUUCUCGCGUUCCGACCAUCUCGCGCUACAUGCCAAGCGUCAUCAGUAAAAGCCCCAUCUUUUGUUUAAGUAUGUCGAAAAUAAUAUGAAAAUGUUCUUCCUUCGUCUGCAACAACACUGUACAAAUCAUCAAUCAGCAAGAAAUAAAAAAAAAGCAUAAUAGGUUAUGUUAAGACACAGAAUUGUUGACACGAACAUUAUAUUGUUUUGAGAUGUUGGAGAAGAAGAAUACGCAUUUUUCUCUUUGAAGAUUUUUGUCUUUUGAGCACAGUCUUCAACAAUUGUUCUGGAAAUUUCUUCUCCUGAUAUUUUUUGUGCUUCUUUUAUUUACUGCGGAAAAAACAGAAAUUAGCUGUCGGAUGUGGAAACAUUUUUUUUUUCUAUGACAAGGGACAACAUUGUUGAAAUUUCCUCUGCUGUUCAACGAACCAAGAGACAACUUUUGAACAACAUUCAAAUCUAUAGUGGACGUUGUCGAAAUUCCAAAACGUAAUGAACGUAACCAAACGUGACCUAUUACUGGAUAUGGUCAUAAGCAGAGGUUAAAUUGGGGUGGAACGGUCCGGAAUGAAUUUUCGUCUCUUGAGGAUUCAAGCCAUUAAGGAUCCUGGUUUUCUGAUUGGAAUGUCAAAGUGGAUCACAAAUGAGUUCCAUCUCUUUCGAAAUCCCAGUUUAAUCACUGGUCAUAAGUGUUCACUUUUGUAAGAAAAGGCAGAAAACAAGAUCUAAAUCUGCUAAAGAGUGUAAGUUUUUGCUAAACAAAGUAGAAAAUUUUUUUUUAAAUCAAGAUUUGGUAAACUUUAGAAAUUUCCUUACAACCAAAAUAUCAAGUUUGAACUAGAUUAAAGUUUAAAAACUUUUGCUUUAAAAAGUUUGAGAUAUUAUUAUAUUUGACUCUAAAUGAACCCAUAAGAAACUGUGUAAGCAGAAACCACGAUAGCGAUUCAGGGUAUUAUACAUUUAGAACCACGCAAACUACAUGUUGCCCGUGGGAUGUUUCUUUAGAACCACGCAAACUAUAUGUUGUCCAUGGAAUGAUUCGUUAUAACCACGCAAGCUACAUGUUGUCCAUGCGAUGUUUCUUUAGAACCAUCCAAGCCAUGUGUUGGCAAUGGGGUGUUUCUUUAGAACUAUUCAAACAAUAUGUUGCUCAUGUGAUGUUUUUAGAACCACCAAAAACACACUCUGCACAUGGGAUGUUUCUUUAGAAUCACCCAAAACACGUGUUGCCCAUGUGAUGUUUCUUUAGAACCAUCAAAACUGCAUGUUGCCCAUAGGAUGUUUCUUUAGAACCACCCAAACCACACGUUGCCCAUGGGAUAUUUUUUUUAGAAUCACCCAAACCACAUGUUACCAUGGGAUGUUUCUUUAGAACCACCAAAACCAUAUAUUGCCCAUGGGAUGUUUCUUUAGAACCACCAAAACCAUAUGUUGCCCAUGGGAUGUUUCUUUAGAACCACCAAAACCAUAUGUUGCCCAUGGGAUGUUUCUGUAUUCCACGUUUAUUUGCUAAUUGAAUAAAAGUGUUCUUGAAGAAUUUCUAAGCCUAAAUUUAGCUGUUUCUUACAAACUAUAAAAGCUUAUAGUAUGCUGGAGGUAAGAAUUCAUAGUGUCCAAGUUUGCACAAUCGGGUUUGUUCCCUUCUUCCAGGUAAUCGUGUGUAUAAAAAAAAAAAUGAAAAUGUGGACACUGCCAGAACGUCAAGCCGUUCUCGUUUCUGUCUUUCAUUCAUCAAAUAUCAUAGAUCGUGUCUUUUUGUUAUUGUUUUUCAUUUUUUGUAACUACAAUGAACUAUACUGUUGUGAAACGUUCUAUAUGGAUGUCGUCUAAUGCGCAUUAUUGUGCUCAUUUAAGAUUUUAUGAUUCUUAAAAUGUAAAAAAAAGCAGCGGGGACUAAAUUGAAAAGUUUGGAUUUCUUUACUCAUCAAUUAACCAGUAAUAUCGGGUGUUUUUUGUAUUUGUUUUCAUUUUAAUUGGCUUAUCAAAGUAAAAAAUACAUCAACGUAAUCUAAGCAAUGACAGUAUUUUCGUGAGACUAACAUAUUUGCAUGUGACGUAACUAAUAUGCCUAUAAGAUUCCUACUAACGGACAUGCCCACAACAAACCUAAUGGUAAAAAUGCAUGCGUCCCUCGGUGGGUCUGCGGUAAGUUUACAAGUUACAAUGCUAAAGUCCGGGGUUUUCCCCUAGUGGACAGAAUGCAGAUAAUCUAUUGUGUAGCUUUGCACAUAGUAAAACAAGAAGAAAAUGCAUGCAAGAUACCUGUUUUCUAAAUGUGAAUUAAUACUAUUGCCUGACUUUUACCUGUAAAAGACUGAAAUUUUAUAGCAAUUAACUAUUAAAUUAAAUUAUUUUUGUGAAGGUGACAAGUCCAAUUAAAACCCUAAACAAAACAAAACAAAAAAAAAAAAUAGCGAUUAAUGCCUCUUAUGUUAACCAAUAAUAUUUAAGGAAAUUAGUUGAUUGCGAAUUUGAAUAUAUUUUCAAAUAGAAUUUGUGUGUGAAAUAUAAACAAGAAGAAAGAAUACAAACUGCCAGAUGCCCUGCGACAUUAUUUCUUUUUGGUUCUAUAAACAUCUGCUGACCCUGUAUAUUAAUUUCUAUUUGUUUUAAUAGCUAACAACAUCCUAACACUACGUUUAUUUCUAGCACAGUCAAAAAUAAAAUGUGUUAAUUGUAUGUUAACUCUAGAUUCGCAAUUUAAUCAGGCCCAUAUUGCUGAUAAGCCUAGAUUAUGUUACAUCUGGAAAUUUUUCGAAUUUACAAAAAAUAUUUUAGAACGAUAGCUGUGGACUAGGGUCUCCAUUCUGUGAAAUCGAAAGGUCGGUUUAUUCUUUUCAUCGGAAAGUUAUUUAAUAUUCUUUGCUCCUAAUGGUCAAAAGUCGAUUUCUUUUUUUAUGUGCUAGAAGUGAAAAGAAAGAUUUUUCAGCUAUUCUUGAAGUGUUGCUGUUGUUUUGAAUCCUGAAGAUAUAAUUCCAAUAAUUAAUUAGUUUCGUCCCUUGUGAAGUGCUUGUUGUGACUUUGUUUGUUCUCAUAUUCAAAUACUUGUUAUUGAUUACUGAACAAUAUAAGUUUGCGGUCAAAGUUACACCUAAAAUAACAAUAAACCAACAAUGGCAAUCAGUUUAUGAGUUAUACCAUAAUAAAUUUUAGUUUUUCUACUGGUUUUGGAUUCUUUGGACCCAAACCUAAAUGAAACACCAACCAAUCGUUAAAAUGAGUACUUUCGGUUCUCUUCAUUUUAAAAUUGGUCAUUACAUUUGUGGGAUUUUGGCUUGGAUAAGUAGUAAAUUCAGGGCUUUAAGAAAAGGUAAUGCCAUUUGUCUUUACGGAAUGGAUUCCUUAAUUGACAGAUAUCAUUCUAGUAUAUUUUAGUAAAAACUGACCACGUUUUUGUUGACCCGGAAACAGCCUUUUGAAAAAAUAUUUUAUGAGCUUAAAUUACUACUUUUUUAUAUAGUAGUUUUGUAUGUGGAACUGUAAAUUGAACUUUUUCUUUUUUAACAUUCUGAUAAAUACAUUAGUAGCAGAAAGAAAGAAGAUCUAUUGUAAGAACGUAGUCGUUCAUUAAUCUUCACUAGUUGUCUCAUUUUCUAUACUUUUGUGGAAACUUGGUAAGUUAAGUCAGAAAAUAAAAAGUAGGUUUAAGAACACGCUUAUCGACCUACAUUACUGCACGGUUUGUUACUUGCUGCAUUACUCAGAAAUAGUUGGAGUUAGAAUAAUACAAAAGCUGGCUGUUCGCUUAAAGAUCUCAGUAAUUGAAAACUGAAGUUAGUAUAUUCUACGUUGUGUUAUUUGGUUGAAAAUAAUGCUUAUGUUUCUUUCCAAAAUAUGUAUACAUUUAAUGUGUAGUGUUAACAAACUUAAUUCACACGUAAAGAAGAAACGAUAAAAGGUUACGAUAGGCCUAACAUUUGUGAUAAAACUAUCCUAAACUACAGAUUUUAUUGUCACAUUUCUCAUAACUUACCUAUUUUUGGAUUUCACAUCUUUUUAGAGACUAAUGAUAGAUCUGAAAUAUUAAACAGUUGUUUAAAUAAAUAUAUUUCUUCUCUACAAGACAGGAUCUUUAAAUACGCCUACCGUUUGAUAUGAUUUUGUUACUAGGUUUCAUGGUAUUAACUUGAUUAAAAUGUUGUUCUGUACUUGUCUCAGUCAGUCUUCUCUGUACACAAAGCUGGAAUGUUUCGCUUACUGCUUUGUGUAUAAACCGCCACAAAUUGAGUCGAACGUUGCCUUCUAGUAUUCGUGCAAUGCGAAAGCUUCUGUGUUCAUCAUUCAAUUGGACCAAAGUUCGGUUUUUGGCCUUUAUCGAAAUUGUGUACAUUUGAAAAUAAGUUAAAAUAGACAUAAGAUUGUUACAUUUUAAUAUAUAUGGGCAUUGUAUGUGCAGAUUUUGAUAACUUGAAUACUUUUGUACUAAAUUUAGUCUACUUUGUUUAAUGGUUGUACCUGAUACUUUAUAACGUGAGGAGUCUCAUGCUUGAGAAAUUAUUUUAAAUUCUUUCCUCCUCCCCCUCAACUUUGAAUAUAGUUGUUUCAGAACUUUGCCAGUAGGAGUGAUAUGUUAACAUCAAUGCUCAAUGAAUGUAUUUACUUUGCUCAGUAGAAAAGUUGUGUUUAAGUAUAUGGGCAUUGAGUUUCGCGAAAAUUCAAAUUUAUUGUUGUUAUUAUUUUUGCCAAAUAUUUUAGAAAACAGUUGUAAAACAAAUAUAGUAAAUAUGUAAAAGUACAUAUCUUAUAAGUUUUUGUAUAUAUAUUUUUCUGACUAGUAGACGUGUUUUAUAUGUUAGGUAAACAAUACCUACUGUAAUGAUGAAAUAUUAGUCACUUGGCGGCAAAGUUAACAGAGAAACAAAGAUGUUCAAAAAAAAAAGGGAAUCGAAUAAACUAGGAACUGUAAUUUUUCUUACUCAUUCUUAGCGUUUUGGGUUACAAUUUUUCACUGAUCGUAUAGCAAUUAGGCAUGCUAAUAUUGUGAGGCCUUGUGGCUUCACUUUUCACUUGCUACAUACCCCAUCUGUGAUCUGUAUAUAUACUGAUCAUUUAAUUAAAUCUUAGCGGUUGUUAUUUGGUUCGCCAAAAAAUUAAAUUUGUAUGGCUCUAAAUGUUUGGAUUUGAAUUUAAUAAAGGAAAGUAAUUACUGGAA